CUGCCCAGGCGUUUCCACCAAUUUCCCCCUGGCACCCGUUUGCCUCUCCCCCGGAGGACCCCCCACCCCGCGCCCCUUGCCCGCCAGUCCGACUUGCCUCCUCGCCUUCCGGCUGCUCUCUCGCCGAUCCCGCGCGGUACCCGCCCCGGCCCCCGCACAAGCCCACACAGGAGUAUGAAGCUUCGUACUCUGGUGCUCGGGGUCCUGCUGCUGGCGUUCCACGCCGCGCGGGCCGACCCGGCUCUCUGUGGAAAGUACAGCCUCGUCUCGUAUGAGGGCCAAAUCUGCGACAGCACCCAUUCCUGCACCCCGUCGCUAUACUGCAAUGCCGGGACCUGCGAGCAGCGUCUCCCUGCCGGCGCCACUUGCCUGACCUCGGGACAGUGUGUCCGGACCGCGUCCUGCCGCGGCGAUCCGGGCCUCGACACAAAAACCUGCGUCCCAAAUGCCAACCUCGGUGCGGCCACACAUGCCAAUAUCUCUGUCCCCCAUGCGCAUGCCGCCGCUGACCUCGACCGAUCUGGGCCCUCGACUCCAGGCGAGGCCUGCUCCUCUUCGGACAUCAGCCCCGGGGCCCUCCCGGCCUGUGCAUUGCCUCUCGUGUGCGAUCGCUUCACGUCCGUCUGCGUGGGCGGCUACAAGGGCGACGUCUGCACGGCCGGCAGCCAAUGCCAGUCAGAGCAAUGUACCGGAGGCGUGUGCGAGGACGUGUCCUCGAACACCGAAUGCAACGGCCCCCAAGCCUGUGGUGGCGGCUUCCAGUGGUUCUGCGAGACUCCCGACAAUGUGUGCGCCGAGGCGCAGGGCGCCGGCCAGCCUUGCACUCUGGCAUCCAUGGGCCCCGGGGCUGCUCCCUGCGGGGUGGGCCUCUUCUGCGGGCGGUACAACUCCUCCGAGGGCGCCGGCGUCUGCCUGAAGGAGGGCGAGCUGAACAAUGGCGAGGAGUGCACCUUCAACCGGGCCUGCAAGUCCCUGUCUUGCAAUGCCUCCACCGGCAAGUGUGUGCCUGCGCCGACGACAUGCCCCUCGGCCACGACCAUCGGCGGCCCGCUGGUCGGGGGUCUGGCAUGCUCGGAGAAGGAUCUCUGCGCCUGUGAGGAGGCGCAGGAGGACGAGGCCGCCGGCCAACGGGCCGGGAUUCUGGCCGCACCUGGCCCCGGUAGGCGGGUGCUUUUCCGCUUGUUGGAUCGACUUGACGUCGGGGGCGGCCGGCUGACCGGGACCACGGCCACGGUCACCGCCCUGGCCACUGGCCAGUGCAAGGAGAAUCCCUGCUGGAAGCAGCUGGAGCAUGUCGUCUAA